CCUAUUCAACAACACAAUCAUUCCAGGCAUUCAGCAGGCAGCCAGUUACUUCUCUUUGCAAGCAUCCAGCCCAGCGUCAAACCAACCACCUUCGUACUCACUCUUGAUCGUACGCUCCGUGACUUUACGCCCAUCUUACCGGAUCAUCAAGCAACUCAUCAGACAUACAGACAGCAUGGCGCCUCCGUCAGCACUCACCAUUGCGACCCAAUCGGUCCAGCGCCUCGUCAAAGAAGAGACAUACUACCACAAGGAGCAGGCAAACCAGGAGGCGCGCAUCCAGAAGCUGACCGGGGAAAUCGAAGCUGAGAACCCAGACUUGGAUAGUAACGCCGAGUAUGUGCUCAAGCAAGAGAAAACCGCGCUGGAAGAGACCAAGGCAGUGUUUGGGCCGCUUGGAGUACGCAUUACAGAUGCGGUGCAGAAGCUUGAGGAGCAGAUCGCCAUCUCGGAGAGCGAUGGUACCGCUUCAGAAGAGCAGCUGAAUAAAGCCAAGGAGGCAUUGGUGUCCGGGCAGAGGGUGACGGCGCAGAAGGGCGUGUUGGACAAAAAUGUUUUAAUGCCUUGA